CGGCGAUCGUCUAGAGUCUGAAGAGAGUAAACUUCAAGGGCGCGUCCGAUCCCAUCAUUCACCAAAUACUUUUCGGCAGACGACGGACCCGCUUUAUCACCAUCAACGACUGGUCCCUGAACCACUAGCGUAGCGGCUAUGGCAUCCUCGUUUCUUCAAGCCGGCCGCUGCGGCGCACCCCUUCCCCAGAGUGGCAGGUUCAUCUCUCAACUUCGGACUCCAUGGCAGAGAACAUUGUGCUCAGUAUCGCUAUUGCCUGUGAAGCAUCAAGCAAGACCAACACAACUCGUCACAUCGAAGAGCUCGCAGAUAUAUCGACCACGAAUACAAGCCCUCGCUCGCUUCACCAUAUCUGCAUCGAGCAUAGCAACAACGACAUCAGAGCCAACAGUCAAAGUAUUACCGGCAUAUAAGCCUCCAACAACGGGUCUCAUUUCGUAUCUUCCUGCGAAAGCCAUCCCAUAUGCGGAGCUUAUGCGGCUUCAGGCACCUGCGGGAACGUAUUAUCUGUUCUUUCCAUGUCUGUUCAGCACGCUGCUGGCUGGUGCAAUGGCUAUACCUGUGGUUGCACCUUCUGCUGUCAUUGGCACCACAGCACUCUUUCUCACCGGAGCCUUGAUUAUGAGGGGAGCUGGAUGUACCAUCAAUGAUCUCUGGGACCGCAAUCUUGACCCUCACGUCGAACGCACACGACUGCGACCCCUUGCCAGGAGAGCAGUGACACCUCAGCAGGCCAUUGUCUUCCUUGGUGGUCAGCUAUUUACCGGUCUGGCUGUACUGCUUUCUCUACCUCUCGAGUGUUUCUGGUACGCCACACCGUCACUUGUCCUCGUCACACUCUAUCCGUUAGCCAAGCGAGUCACCUAUUACCCUCAAUUUAUUCUUGGCCUCACCUUCUCGUGGGGAGCAAUGAUGGGCUUUCCUGCCCUCGGCAUUGACCUUCUCGCCAAUCAAGCUGCACUUACCGCAGCUGCUUUCCUGUACGCCAGCAACGUCGCCUGGACUGUACUUUACGACAUGAUCUACGCUCACAUGGACAUAAAGGACGACGUCAAAGCUGGUAUCAAGAGCAUCGCGCUCAAGCAUGAGAACGAGACAAAGGCCGUGCUUUCGGGCCUUGCUGUCGUACAGAUCGGACUUCUCGCGGCAUCAGGCUACGCUGCAGGACUCGGCCCUCUCUUCUACAUCGGCUCCUGUGGUGGUGCUGCGCUUACACUAGGCACUAUGAUCCGCCGUGUCAAGCUGAAAGAGGUCAAGAACUGCUGGUGGUGGUUUGUCAAUGGUGCCUUCUUCACUGGAGGAGCGAUCAGCUUAGGUCUGGCCGGCGAGUAUGUGGCACGUUAUCUAGGAUGGUAUGAUGAGGAAGAGAAGGUCAAGAGGCAAGAGCUUGUCGCGUGGUCAUGAAGAGCAAGUCACCCUCAAGUGGAGAUGUCGAAACUCCUAUAAUUCUAUCUGUACAACGACUGUCAUAUAGCAUUCAGGUCUGUAGCCGGUUUAUGAUUCCAACCCGCUAG